UUCUGAGAAAUUUAGCGAGGUCAGGACACUAUCAACUCCCUUGGACAGCCCUGGAUCACCCCAGCCGAAACGAUUUUGUCGGUUGUAGUAAAAUGGGGUGAUUGCCGCUCGAAUGAUGCGGCCACCGUGCGGCUGAACUGUAUCCACAAAAGAAUGAGCUUCAUCCUUGCUUAGCUUUCCUCAUCUUCAGCCUCGUCUUUCUUUCAGGGUACGUUCGCUAGAUAGCGUGGGACGGACUUCCAGAAGCUUGAGACUUCGGCCAAAUGGACCUGGUACAAUGCGUGGACAACAUUGACGACCUUUCGCGUCAUGGUUUCACUCUCAACGAUGACGGCACACUUCAGCCCGCCUUUGACGAAAAGGGACGAAUUUGCAACCCUGAUCUGGUCCUACGACCUAACCUCCUCUGUUCCCGGUGCAUUGAAAUUGCUCGUAGACUACUCUCCAGAUCUUGCGAUGCCCCACCAUUCUGUGGCGAACCUUUCUACGAUUCCGAACGUGAGCUGCGGCAGUCAGUCAUGCAGGGCUGCCACCUGUGCGCUCUAUUCUGGGGACAGGGCGCGAGUAUCUCGGAUGGCCAAGAAAAGUUUGGCACUGCCAACACUGUUGAACUGCCUUCCGGCUCUUGGGUAUCCCAAUACCAGAACCGCAGGAGUUCUCUCCUACAAUAUCUGAGAUACACGGGCCGUGCGCUAUCUACACACAAUUCCAGCCUAGCCAUAUUGCGAGGGGAUGGGCUACGAUACGCUGCGCACCAAGAUCUAAACGCGAAAUUCAAUGCCUCGAAUGCGUCUACAGAGACCUUUUCCGUUGCACUCUCCUGGCUCAACGAAUGCCUGUACGAGCACAGGAAGUGCCGCGACAUUCACCAUGCAAUCGCCAAGCCCCCGACACGACUUCUCGACAUCGGAAUAAGCGAUCCAAUAGUUCGGCUAGUCUAUCCUACGGCACCAGUCCGCUACGUGACAGUAAGCCAUCGUUGGGGUAGUUCUCGGCCGUUAACACUUACUCGUGCCAACGAAGCCAGAUUGUCUGAAGGAUUCUCAUUCGAGGAGCUCCCGCAACUGUUUCGAGACUGCGUUAUGGUGGCUCGACGACUUGGGCUCAGGCAUAUAUGGAUAGAUUCGCUUUGCAUUCUGCAAGACUCAACAGAGGACUGGGCUUACGAAUCUGGCCGUAUGGGCUACGUAUACCGUGGUUCCCUUCUAAACAUUGCAGCAGUCUCCGCCCGAGACAGCAGCGACUCACUAUUUACCAGACGCCACCCGUUAUGCACAAAUUCCUGCUACCUACAGGAAGUGUCUACUCGUGCUCGGAAUAUUGUUCGCAUUUCCGCAUCGCGCAAAACUGCGCCUUCGCUGUACAACCGAGCGUGGGUCUUGCAAGAAAGACUCCUGCCAGCGCGUACACUGGAGUACACCCACGAAGGUGUCAAUUGGUACUGCACAGAGGCCUUGUAUGAGGGACCUAGCCAGCACCAGGAUGCAAAACCUGAAUGGGUCCAUGCAACAGGACCAUGGGGCUCCCCGUCCCUUCCUUGGAAUUUCCUGCUCGAUAUGAAAGGGACUGAGCUCUCUCCUCCUCUACGGGAAACCGGACAACGGUACUGGAUGGAGAUCAUCAAUGCAUACACAGCCAUGGACUUGACCUACGAAACGGACCGUCCGUAUGCACUGCAAGGGAUUAUCGCAACAUUGCAGCAACAGACGCACCUUCGCUUUGUUGCAGGCGUCUGCAAAGACUUUCUGCCAUACUCUUUGCUCUGGUGCAUCCCUGGGAGGCGUAGCGUCCGUAAAGCUUCCUGUUUCGCUUAUCCGUCCUGGUCGUGCGCUUAUCGAAGGAGCAAACGGAGAUUUGCAUUGGAAUGGCUCGAAGAGAGGAAACUGUCUACGGGUGCUUCCACAUGCGCUGAUGUCAGCAUCUGUGACCAGACUCUAUUCCUGCAUCUCAAAGGGAGGAGCUUCGGACCUGUUAUGAUCCUUCCACAGCGUGGCGGGCAAGGAUAUGACGAAUUCGGCUCUGAAGUCGUCGCUUACAUUACUGCGUCCAGCCGAUACACGUGGUGCCCGCGCGUCCAGCUCAACGAGUCGUUUUCAAAGCUCAGAGGAGUGCUCCAGUUAAUCACGGACUACGACAUAUCCAACGCACUCGAGGUGGAUUUGGUUAUUCUGGCGUCAGGGAUGUGGCUGGGAGAAUUCGGGGGGCUUAUCUUGACUCGAGCCGAACUGGACACGGAUACUUGGGAGCGAGUUGGAAUGUUUACGAUUGAUCGAUCGGACAUUGAACGGCUUGAGAAAGGAAAGAGGAGCUGGUUCGACGUUGCGCGGGAGUAUCAAGUACGAUGAUGUUCUGCUUUUGCCUACGUCCGCACUCUACUCCUAGCAGUAUAGAAAACACCGUUUGUGCAAAGGUCCAUGGGCUGGUAUACUAGCAUGUUCCUGAGGUCGGCUGCAACACUCUAGAUGUACUCCCUUCGUGUCUUGACAGGACUCAACCUCGAGUCCGGCCAAUCAGUACUGUGGGACGCUUCCUCAUGUCCAUGGGUACCGGAAGUUCUAAGCCACGC